CCGGGGGCCACGCGCGCACCGUCCCGCUGGGCUCGCGGCGGGCAGGUGGGGACGGCGACCCGCUCGGCGCCCAGGCCUGUUCUGAGAACCCUUUGAUGCUCCCAAGAGGCCGGGAAGGAGGGUGCUACCCCAUCACCCACGGCACCAAGGGUGAGGCGCCCCAGCCCAGGACUGACCCGAGCAGUGGUGGCCUGGCUCUCCGUGAGACUCACGAAACCCCCAGAAAUAACCCAGCGUCCUGCAGGCCAAGAGCCCCUGGGGAGGGGCCCGGGGCCUGUGGCAGACACUCAACCAAGACCAGCUCUGCAUUCGGAAACAGUAAGGCUACAAAAGCUGGAAAGCAAAGGCCGCGAUCCCCGCCUCCCAAACACACACGCGCAGGCUCGCAUACGCAACGCGGCAACGCGGCUCGGCUGCCUGGCCGAUGGCGAAAGAGACGGGGGAGGCCCGGCCCCAGGUCUUCCCAGCAAGUUCCAGGCCGCAGAGCGACAUAAGCCCCUGGCACGUGAGGCAAGCGGCCACCAGGCCCCAGCCUGUGUCCAUCCACCAUGAGUUCCAACUGUCCGUCAGAGCAGGUGAGGCCCGGCCCGCGGGGAAAUGCCAGGCGGGCCCGGGAGGGCCAGGAGACGCCCGGCCCAGCAGAAGACACGGGUGUGGGUGUCCACCAGACCCGGGGCCUGCUCCUCCAGCCUCACGCUGGCCGGCUGCCCGCCGGGCCCCACCGCAAGGGAACGGGUCAGAGCCGGUGACCUCGGCUCUUGGUUGGUGACCACCAGCUCGUGGGUUUUCCUUCACAUCCCUCCUCACACGACCAGCCCUGUAAGGUGCCGCCCCCACCACAGCCCACAGCGCACGUCACAGGUGAGGGCACAGGGUGGCCCCUCCGGGCGGCCCCAGCCUCUGGCCUCGGCUGCAGGACAGGGAGCUCCUGCCUCCUGGCCCAGUGGCCGGUGCCUUCUGCCCCUCCUCAGAAGGAACCAGAUGUCAGCGGCCCACACCGACUGCCCAGGGCCCUGGGGCCUCAGGAAGAGCUCAGUUCUGCAAGUCUCCAUCUGGGCAGGGACCCCCCGCCUAAAAGACCCAGGCUGGGGCCCUGCCUUAAAAAGCCAGGGUUUGUUGGAUGGGACCAGCUUGGGAGCCCUCUCCCCAUCACCAGCAUGCACCCUGAGCCUGCCCACUGGGCACCUGUGCUCACCCAGGCCAGCAUCUGGCAUUACGUCACCUGCUCCGCACCUGCUCCAUCCCAGCGCUGGGCUGGGGGCUUCUCCCCUUGCCCCACCCCCCGGCCCUCAGGGGGAGGAUGUGGGGAACACACAAGACCCUUUGUGCUUUGUGGUUUUCUUUUCUAAAAACUCCAUGCCAGGGUCUUGCUGGGCCUGCCUGGGUCACCUCCAGGAAGUGCUCCCCGACCACGCCGCCCAGGGUCAGUCCUCCCAGUCUGGGCCCUGGCACCUGGCCCUUCACACCUGGCAAGGUCACUGCUGGGGUGGGCGAGGCCCCAGGAAGCAGGCGUCCUGGGUCCCACCCAACUCUGCCUGGGGAAGCUGCGUGACCACAGGCACACUGAAGGCCCCCGCUGAGGCGUCUCUGUCCAGGCCCCGCCCCACAUGGCGCCCCCGCCCACACACCCGCCACAGUGCCCACCCCCGUACCUGCCCCUCAGGGCCAGCAGCAGCGGGCUGAGGCCGUCCUUGUCCCGCGCGUGCACAUCCAGCCCUCUCUGCAGCAGCAUGGUGACCACCGCGGCCUGGCCCCCGCGGGUGGCCGCGUGCAGAGGAGUUUGACCCCCGAAGUCCUCCAGGCUCAGGUCAGUGCCCUGGGGUGAGGCAAAGGCUCACCACCCACUGGAGGGAGGCCAGGCAGGGCCAGGUGGGCCCCGGGGAAGGGCCAGGGGCGGGGUGCACCCGAGGGGGCCCCGGCACUGCCCCACGCGCCCUUCAGCUGCAGGGAGGUGAGCAGGCCCUGGGAGAGGCCCUGCUGCCCACACCCAGCGGGGCCCCCACCCGCCCCCCGCCCUGGGGCUGGCGUGGCUAGGGCUGGUCCCCAAGGGUGGGCAGGGCUCACCAGCUCUGCCAGCGCCUGCAGGGCCUCCAGGUCGCCGGCGUAGGCCGCAGCACAGGCCAGGCUGGGCGCCAGGGUGUCCCACACGUCAUCAGCUUCCUGGGGGGGGGGGGGGCCGCACCUUGGCACCUCUGCCACUUUCUGGGGCCCUUAGUACCCCCGGGAGUGGACAGGGCGAGAAGCAGGGGCACAGGCGGGCCGAGGCAGGGCCCAGGGACCGUGGGAACCCUGCUGGCCCCCACACCACGCUGGCAGUGGUCCCUUAAGUCACAACAUGGGAAAAGGAACCGGGCGCCACCUCUGAGGCCCGCCCGGGACCCCCACCCCUGGGAGCAAAGUCCAGACGGGACACGAGAGCAGCACCCAGCUCCACGCCGGCCGCCGCGCCCAGGGCCUGCCGCCCGCCCUCGGAGACCCUCCCCCUCGCCUGCCGCCCCUGUGGUGGAGGAUGCAGGGGUACGUCACACGGCGCCCCCCUGGGGGAGGGCGGAAAGGGCUGCCUGGCCCCUCCCCAGAAGGAAGGGCUGCCUGGCCCCCGCGCUGGGAAUCUCAUGGGUCGCCUACAGCUCCCCGAGGCGCCAGAAAGCUGGGGGUCCCAUCAGAGGGCCCUGUAGGCACCCCCGCACCAGGCACAACGUCCGGGCCUGAUUCCUCGGGUCCUUAAGGCCCAAGGCACCCCCCAUGAUGACAGGCCGCACGCAUCUGGCCGCUGCCAAUCCCCAGCAGGCAGGCUAACCACCCCCCACCCCCCGCCCAGUCGCCCUCCAGGAGAAGCCUGUCCCCCCGCCACCCUGCAGAGGGGAAAACAGGCACGUAGGGUGCUCCCACGCCAGGGCUGGACGCUUUGCCCAGAGGCCAGGGGGUGACAUGGGGCACCAGGAGGCCCGAAUCACCCCCGUGAGCCUGGCCCAGCUUGAAUUCAGGACCCCAGGCCCUAAAGCAAGUCCUUGGCCCCUUCAUGGGCCUGGUCACCCAGGCUGAGAAGGGGAGGAGGCUCCGAGCCUGGCCCCUCCUCCAGGGGAGACCGCGGAGCAGACACCGCUCUCCCUCCAGCACAGGAUGGGCAGGGCGCCCGUGGUGCCCGAGAGCGCCCCGCUCACGACGCAGCCCAGCACCGGCAAGCCCGGCCCGGCUGCCCCACCGGGUGAGCGGCCACGUCCACACACCGUGUGUACACAGCAAGGGCCCCUCUCUACCGCCCGGCCCCUCCCCACGCACUGGCCGGAGUCCCUGCAAACCCUCCCCGCGGUGGCCCCGAGCCCAGAGCCAGGCCUGCCCGGUGGCUUUCUGCUCCUGGCACCAGGAUGCCGGUGGCUGGGGGCCCAUCCCUCAGGGACCCGCCGCCCCCACGGGCCAGUACCUGGCUCACACUGAGGAGCUGGGCAACCCCGCGGCCCAGCGCGCUGCCCCGCAGAGAGGGCCGGAGCUCGUGCACCGCAGGCGGCGACAUCUCCCCACGCAGGUCCCUGGCCAGCAGCUGCGGGGGGAGCACACGGAGAGCAGGGCCAGCUCCACCAGGGCCCAGACCCACAGCCCAGACCAACCACGCAGGCCAGGCAGCCCCGGCCCUGGGAGACGGCCGCCCCAGGCCUGAAACCCCUCCAGCGGGCUCCAUCCCUGGGGCCAGAGCCUGACCCCAGCCAGACCCCACAGCAGGCCAGUCCCACCCUCCAGCCCGCCAGCUCAGGGUCUCCCCAGGCCCCCGGGGCCUCUGCGCAGCCCAAAGGGCCCGGGGACGGCUGUGUGUGAGGCCAGCCUGAAAAGCACGGGGGAGGGACACCCUGGGGGCAGUACGGGGACCCUCGGCCUAAGCCAGACCGGGGGCUCCCCAAGGUGAGGACAGGCGGUGCCGGGGGAGCCCCCAUCCCCACCCCUCUUCCAAACCCCGGCACACAUGCCCCGGACUGGGCCCUGCCGCCCACGGGUCACACUCCCACCGAGGGGCCCGGGUCCGCGGCCAGAGGGGCACGCACCUCCUUCCGGCUGUCCAGGCUCAGCCCCGGGAGGCCCAUCACGUACGACAGCUUGGCCAGGGCCGCCUCCGACGUCAUGUCGAAGCCCGAGAUGGUGCCGGCUCCCGCCAGGGCCUGCAGGGACAACGGGGCACGGGGUCACGGCCGGCUCGCCCCCGCCCGCCCCCAGGCCCCGGGGUCCCCGCCGCACCGUGCCAGCGCCGUAGUCCGAGGUGACGGCGCCCUGAAGGCAGUGGGUGCAGUUGACGAUGACCAGGCCUCGCCCGGCCGCCGCCCGCAGCUCCUGAAGCAGGUCAGGCUUGGUGGGCCCGUUUCCCGAGCCGAAGGUCUCCAUGACCACGCCCUUCAGGGGGGGCUGCAGGAAGGCCCGGACCUGCGGGGGCCAGGAGGCGACGGUGAGGGCCUUGCUUCCCGCCCCAGCCCUGGGGACCAGGCUGGCCCUGCACCCUCGGCGCGGCCAGGGGCAGCACAGGCCGCACACCUCACUCCCCACCACAGCCUCCCAAAGGGACCCCGUCCCCUUCUAAGUGUUAGGGUCACAAACACCAUGGAAGUGGGUCAGAGGAGGGCAGAGGGAGCCGGCUGGAGGUGAGAAAGGGCCGCCAGAGGCUUCACCGAGGGAAGGGCCUCCCAGCCCGGGCUGGGCAGUCCCACCGCCCCUCCCAGCCCCCGGCCCCUCCAUCGGGCCCGAAGCUCUGCCCCGUGUGACACACGACAGGUGAGGCUCCCCGCGAGCCAGUGCGUGGGGAAAGGGCCCUGCAGCCAAACACACACGCGGGGCCUGCCUGAGCCAGGGCGCUGGCCCUCACACCCUGUGAGGCUGCGCGGCUCCACUCAGAAGGCAGGACGGGGCCUUGGGUUUACCUCGAACAAGGACGGUCCCCUCAGAGGCCACCCUGCAGGACGCCUGUUGCCCAGCUCAGCCAAGCCCUGUAUCAGCCCUGAUGGGUACAGCCCGAGGCCCCAGGGCUGAGCACUGUCUGUGCCUGAACCUGCGGCACACGGGGAGCCCAGAGGCCACGCCGCUGGCUGUGCAGCAGGCGUCCACCCUCUGGCUGUGCCCCCGUCAGAGCCUUCACCCCUCGUCGGAAGCGCCAUCAGUUCCCUCUGCUUCUCCGGGCAGAGGCCAAAGGUGAAAGCAGACCUGUUCCUGGCAGAUACCCGGGAACCGGGAGACGAGGACCCACUGCAGGACGACGGGCCCCCCGCCGAUGGCCCAGCAGCCCCGGUGGAGCGCAGCCCUUCGGGUCCCGUCCCCCCGCCCGAGCCUGGCCCAGCUUAUGGCUCUGCACUCCCUCAGCCACAGCACGUUCUAGAAAGACGUCACAGGCCAGCACAGUUUUCCCAGAAAGAGCCUGGGCAGCUCAGGCCCCUUAAGAUGGCAGCCUCGUGCAGUGACGUCUGGCUACUACACAAUGCAAGACCCUGCGCGUGGACUCCAGCCAGCAGCCCCGGCCACCAGCCCCCGGGAGACCCUCACCUUCGAGAGCAGCGCUCACGGGCGCGCACCUCCCACAAACCCCUUCUGGUCCCAUCACGGCUCCGCCUCAUCUGUCCCUGGCGCCCUGGGAGGGGCGUGUGCGCCAGUUCACAGACUGCGGCCCAGAGGUUAAGGGCAGCCUGGUGCCGGGCUGCCCCGGGUAUAGGGACACACCUUGGAAGCCACGUGUGCGGGGUAGAAGGGGGGCUGCAGAGCCCGGCCCGUCAUAGCACCGAAGGAAGUGUGUUCUGAGCCCCGGCCCCUGCGGCCCUGCUCUCAGCGCCAGCGAUGCCCAGAGCCGCUUCUACCUGAGACCCUCCAUCCAACCGCAGCCCAGCGUCUGAGCCCAACUCACUGGACAGGAUGGAGGCAGGCACCACGUUUCUCCCAGGGACAGCCAGUGGCCGGGGGGUGGAUGGAGGGACCACCACAGCAGCCACAAGAAAGUGCCGAGUCCGAGGCCACACGCCAUCGGCCUCAGAGGAACCUCGGGGCCCGGUGCUGUGAGUCAAGGACGUCCGCAAGGACAAGCCCAGGUCGCAAAUGAGGGGGGAUGGGUUGAGGAGGCAGCGGAGGGGGACAGGUCCCGGUGACACCAAGGGCUCAGCCUCGCAGGCGUUCUCUGAACCCGGGCCAGGUGGGCCUGGUGGGGAAGGGGAGGGUGCAGAUGGCAGGCACUGGGGGCUGGGCUGGGGUCCCUACCAGGGUGGCGGGGAU